AUGUCCUCCCCAAAACGCAUCACCGUACUCAUCUCGGGCUCAGGUACAAACCUACAAGCCUUGAUGGAUGCCGCCGGAUCAUCCCGUCUUCCCAACGCUCAGAUCACCCAUGUCAUCUCUUCGCGAUCCGCUGUAAAGGGACUUGAGAGGGCUUCCACGCACGAACCUCCUAUCCCAACACAAGUCUGUGCACUAAAGACGUUCCUCAACAAGGUCCCUGGAUCGUCAAGGGAAGACUAUGACAAGGAAGUGGCUAGACGGGUAGUGGAGACGAAGCCCGACCUGGUGGUACUCGCCGGAUGGAUGCACAUUCUCAGUCCAGCCUUUCUCGCCAUCCUCGAGGGUACCGACCCGGCACCUUCAGCCCCAGCCCAGCUUCAGACCAGCGUCACAAACCCUUCGCCGCUGCCCUCGGCCGCCACUCGCUUCCCUAUCCCUAUCAUCAACCUCCACCCGGCUCUCCCAGGCGAAUUCGAUGGGGCUAACGCAAUCGGCCGAGCCUACCAAGCUUUCCAAGACGGAAAGAUUACGAGGACGGGGGUGAUGGUGCACAAGGUCGUCGCCGAGGUGGACGCUGGGAAGCCGCUCGUCAUCCGGGAAGUAGAAAUCAGGGAGGGCGAUUCGCUAGACGACCUAGAGGCGAGGAUGCAUGGAGUGGAACACGAGAUCAUUGUCGAUGGCGCUCGGGUCAUCCUCGAGUCGCUUUCUACAUGA